AAAUGAACAACGGUCAUCAACCUCCUGCACCACCGGCACCGCCGCGCGCUGCACUGUUGAUUCCCGAUGCAGCUCGGCGACCAGGAGCACCACUGAAUGAAGAUCCGCCGCAACACCUGCCAGGACAGGUUGCUGGGUACUAUCUACAGCAUGAGAACCAACUUCCUCCGGUUCCGCCGUACAACCCAGCCGAGCAUCACAAUCACCAGCCUCAAGCCUUGCCAGCAGGUUUCCAACCUGCUCACGAAGCGCAGCUGCCAGCCGGAUUCCAACGUCAAGCCUUGCCAGCGGGAUUUCAACGUCAAGCACUGCCAGCAGGUUUCCAACGUCAACCCUUGCCAGCGGGUUUCCAACCUUCGUAUUCGCAACCAGCAGUUGUGGCUUCUACCCGCCCACCAGGACUUCCUCUACCCGGCGCCCCCUUCGUGUCAGAGGAGCUUCCAAGAAGACCCCCCUCGGCGGAGGAAAAAAAACAACUUCCAAGCACUGAAUCGAGGAAUGGAACAACUUCCAGCACAAAUUCCUUGUCGACAGAAUCACUACCGAGGUGGAGCAGCUGCUGGUCCGCUGGGUUUUGCAGCAGGUCGCGAAAUUUACCAAGCGAAUUGUGGACACAACUCUGAAGUACCACGAGCUGAACGUCGAGAAGCUGUUGGAAGACAAACGGGCGAUUUUGCUGCAACUCCGGCGCCAGGCCGGUGGUCCGAACGCUGAACUAAACGCUAAUGUAGUAGCCGACACGAUGUCGGCCAAAGUGGACCAUCGCGGGGAUUUGAACUACUUGCCGGGGACAAGUGAAAUUCACGUGAAGUACAUGCUCGACCACCCGCUGUCGCGGAAAGAUUUUGCCCGGAUUCAAAACUUCGUCUGGGUGCUGGAUUACGUCGUGAACGCCGUUGGGAUUGGAAGCAAGAACGGCUUUGACGACUUUGCAGGCUUUUUCCGUACUUCAUCCUCUGCCGCGACGAGAACAAAUGCAAACCAACAAGGUGGUUUGCUACAACUACCCUUUAUUCCAAACGGCGGCGACCCGCAUCGCAAUAUCGAGGAUCAGCUGCGGGAUCCGAAUAGUGAGCGGCGGUUUCUCGAUGCGGAGCUUGAUUUCAAAGUGGAGGAGCGCAAAUUGGAAUCACUUUCGUUACUCGGGCAGUUUGUCGGGUUUCUGCUGCUAGAUCCCUCCUUCGAGUCGUUAAGUUACAAUUUGGAGGAGAAUCUCCAGCGGGCGCGAACCUUCGCGCACAACCCGAAUGCUGGCCGGAACCACAAAGCCGGGUAUGGGAAUUCGCUUUACGUGGCGGUCGUGAAAAUGAUCAAGCACUUGAAACAGACCAGCAUUCACCGGGAUUCCCCUUUCCGCGGGUUCCGACAGCACGGCGGCCGCGUGAUUUCCCCCCUGAAGCUGGCCGCGUUUUUGACCACGUUUCAGCUUGAAACGCCGGCGUUGUCGACGAAAAUCGAGCAACUGCAGCGCGGCGCGGAGCGGAGAAGCUACUUUGAAGACCGGCGGCCGCCGGGCGCGGACGAGAUCUGGCGGGCGAUCAACGAUCCGGACGGACGACUGGGUAUCCUGUGCAAAAGUAUCGUACUCGUAUUGCAAUCAUGCAUUACAAAUCUUCUUUUUAAGGUAAAUCCGCAUUACAAAUUUCAUUCCUCAUGCUGAGGAAAUUUGUAAUGCAUUUAUACGAGUGCGAUACUUUUGCAAUUCAUACUGGGGCAGAACCGGUUAUACUCCGCCGACCCCUCCUCUGAGAUGACGAUGCGGCACAUCAGCCCGGCGGUCCGAGAAGCCUGGAUGUUGGGAAGAAAUCCGCUUUUAUCCAACGAGGGUAUAUUCGGCCUGUACCAACCAAGCGGUCUGCACCUUUCGCUAUUCGAGCAGCUCGCAAGCGACCCGACGCGGGUCAACCCAACGUGGCAGCGAUUACCUCCGAAUAUUAGGCACCGUUUCGAACAGUUGCAAUUCAAUUAUUCGCUCGGUUUGGUGAAAAGGUUCAAGGAAACGGUGUGGACGACUUUGCUGCAGGAUUUCUGGUUGGUCAUUCAAGAUUUGGAAGACCGGAAAGAGGAAGAGGGGCGGCAACCUUUGUUCAAUUGGACGGAUGACGGGCCGAACGGGAACUGGGAGCGCAACAUUCCCGACUUACCUUAUCGUAUUUCGAGCAAAAACCGCCGGGAGUUCGUGAAUAUACUCGGAAGGGUGUAUGAAAGCGACGCUGCAUUUUACAGACAGGUGGCCAGGCUCGGCGUUGCGGACGCGGACGGCGGACUGGUCUUUCGCCCCUUGUGAUUGAUAAAUGUAUUUUACACUGGUGAGGCAGCGACGCUGCGCACGUAUCGCGAAGAAGCUGGCACAAUAUUGCUAGAUCGGAGUAGCAGGAUUAGCAUACAGUGUUAGAAGACCAUUUAAGAGAGAACAUAAACUUUUGAGGAGGCGGCCUAUUGCUGGUAAAGAACUUCGAACUAUAUAGCUUGACGUAAUGUGUAUGUGAAUAUCUCCUCGAGAAGAACCACGCCGAGUUUUGAAUGAUAAUCACUUUUUCUUGCCCGCCUUGCAGUUCCGCUGAUAAACAAGUCAUUUGAUUUGAGCAGUGAAAGAAUAUUGUGCAGAAUUAAAACGGAUAGGGAUACUACUAGACGCUCGCAGUCUAAUAUUCAAGUACUAGUUGCAUAUCUCCUUUUUUUUUUUAGGAAGAAAGCCCUCAACAGCUUCCUUUGACUUUUUGUUUUUACUACAGAGAAUAAGCCACCUGAUGUUCUAUACUGUUAUUUGUAUUCGCUUUCUUUAGGGAUGCACAUGCAUCAUAUGCUCGAGUUGUAUACGGAGAUUGAAAUUAUGCACAAAGAGGCAUGAUUGAUUCUUGAUACAGGAUUCUUAUUUUUGUGCAUUUUUUCACGUAAUUUUUUCAUAAAUUUGACCUCUUAGCCUACGUCAAUAAAUACCAUUUGUACAAUUCAAUUAGGAUUAGCCAGCUACGAGAAAAACCAUUACAGCACGACUGCCUUGCGAUACUUAUUUGGUAGAAGUAGACCACCACCUCAAUAGAAUCUAAAAACAGACGAUGUUCAUACCAGGCAACAUGCAGCUAGUACUAGACCUUGUUUCAAUACAGUUGGAUCACGGCGACUGCUUUCGGACCGAUGCUAUCGAAAUAAAUUCCAUGGAAGCUCUGCUCGCACCUAUCUAUAAGCUAUAG